GCAUCAUGUAUGCACCCAGCAGGCUACAUGAAGAGGGGCAAGAUACCCAAAAGAAGUACCGAAUGAAUGGCCGAACCAGAGUAUGGCAACCCCACCCUCACGCGCAACUCUGAUUGCAUGUCUUGGACCCAUCAUUCCACUUUUUUGAUUUCAAAGCAUCAGCAAGCUCAAGCUAUCGGUGUUACGUAUUUUCAAGACAACUAUAAUAAGUUCAAGAUGCCCCUCAUUUUUACCCCUCUCUGGAAUCAAUCCGUAUCCCCUUUAACAUCCUGUGAAACGUCGUGAGUUACAGGUGCAUCAUUGAGACAAUGGCUGCCCCUAAGGUUUUCUUCACCGGCGUCACUGGCUACAUUGGUGGCGAUGCCUUCUAUGCCGUGCACCAGGCACACCCCGACUGGCAGUACUCGGCCUUGGUUCGGAGCAAGGACAAGGCAGUCCAGGUCACCAGCCAAUACCCCAACGUGAGGAUCGUUCAUGGAGAUCUUGAUUCGGCCAAAACUAUUGAGGAGGAGGUGAAGAAUGCAGAUAUUGUAUUCCACUGUGCCGACUGUGACCAUGUUGCCUCUGCUGAGGCUAUCGCGAAGGGCGCCGCACAUCACACUCCCGAGAAACCAGUGUGGGUGAUCCAUACCUCCGGCACUGGAAUCCUGACCGUUGAGGAUUUCCGCGCCAACGCGUGGGGCUUCUACCGUUCUAAGGAACACAACGAUUGGGAUGGCGUUGAUGAGCUUCUCAACCUCCCCGACGACUCUUUGCACAGGAACGUAGAUAAGAUCAUCAUUGAAAGUGGCCAGCGCAACCCCCAGAGCGUCAAGACGGCUAUCGUCUGCCCUCCUACAAUCUACGGUCCGGGCCGGGGACCUGGAAACCAGAAGAGCGUCCAGGCAUACUGGCUUUCCGCCGCCGUGCUGAAGAGAAAGAAGGGAUUCUUAGUCGGCGAAGGCAAGAAUAUCUGGCAUCAGGUCCACGUCCAGGACCUCAGUGACGUGUACCGUGCUUUGGGAGAUGCCGCCGCCGUCGGUGGCGGAAGCGCCACCUGGAAUGACAAGGGCUACUAUCUCGCCGAGAACGGACAAUUCGUUUGGGGGGAUAUCCAGCGUGAAGUGGCUAGAGUCGCCUACGAGAAGAAGCUCAUCUCAUCUCCUGAUGUCGAAUCUCUGUCGGAUGCACAGGUGACGGAGUUGAAUCAAUUUGGGCUGUACGCUUGGGGAAGUAGCUCCAGAGGCCAUGCCCUUCGUGCUAGGAAGCUGUUAGGCUGGUCCCCAAAUAAGCCCAGUCUCAAGGAGCUUAUCCCUGAGAUCGUGGACAUUGAGGCCAAGGCGCUGGGUCUGCUGUAGAACAUAGCGUAAAUUUGUAUGGUAUAAUGACGGGAUGAAUAAACUUAUGCUUCUCUAAUCAUGAUGUUUGAGGUUUCUCUGUAUGGUGAGCCCUGUAUUUAUGUAUAGCGCCUCUGAAUAAUAUAUUCAAAGGUAUUUAUGGUAUUAUUGAGGGCAUGGCAUUUGUUAGAAUACAGAAUGGAACAGAAAGAUUGAAUACUCGGCGGAGAUCGCAAAAAGCUUAGCGCCGAGCGCGGGUAACGCAAGCGACACAAGCGCGACACUCGCAAUGCAAUCCUCUUUAUUACCAUCAAUCACCGAG